AAGUGUUGCAGAAACUGGCCUUGUCAUUACAAGAAACGAAAUUAGAAAAAUGCUGUUUCAUUUAAUGAGUGGCGUUAGCGUUUGCUUAUCGGUUGUAUUUUUCACUGGCUUCCUUGCUUUGUGUUGCUGGUACAAGCGGCCGAAGAACUUUCCACCAGGACCAAGAGGUGUUCCUUUUCUGGGAGUCAUACCAUUUCUUGGCAAUUAUCCAGCACGUGUAAUGCAAAAAUGGAGCAGAAAGUAUGGUCCUGUGAUGUCUGUACGUAUGGGGAGCCGGGACUUGGUGGUGCUUAAUAAUCAUGAAAAUAUACAGAAGGCAUUAGUGAUGCAAGGUCAAAUUUUCUCUGGAAGGCCAAACAUGCCGGCAUUAACCCAGGUAACAGAUGGACUUGGUUUGGCUACCAUAGACUAUACUGAUCAUUGGAAAACUCAACGUCGGUUCGGGCAAACUACUCUGAGAGGGUUUGGUGUUGGCAAGCGAAGCAUGGAAGAUCGCAUUGUGGAAGAAGUCGAAUACUUGAACAAUGCUAUUCGUUCACAUAACGGAAAACCAUUCGACAUACUGGGCAUUCUAGGAAAUGCUGUUUCCAACAAUACUUGUAGCGUUGUUAUGGGAAGAAGAUUUGACUACGAUAAUGAAAGAUUCAAAAAGAUAAUAGCAACACUUUCAGGGCUGUUUACUAACCCGAAAUCGAACUCUACAAUUAUUCUUGUUUUGUUCAUGCCAUUUUUGAUGAAGAUUCCCCCAUUUUCUUGGAUCAACAACAAACGAGUGGAUGGCAUUAAUGAGAUUAAACGGCUACUGAGAGAAAUUGUUCAUGAACACGAGUUGAGAUUUGAUAAAGAUGACGUUCGAGACUUUAUGGAUGCUUUUAUUGCUGAGCAAAAAAAGAAUGACAAGCAUUCGUCAUUCACGGUAAGCAUAAAAAUUACACGUUGUAAAGAUCUACAACUGUUGCAAUAUGUUCGGGACUUGUUUGUUGCUGGGACAGAAACGACAACCAGUACACUAAGGUGGUCAAUCCUGUGUUUGAUUCAUAAUCCGGAGAAGCAAGAAAAACUACGAAAAGAAAUCUAUAAAGUUACGGGCCAGGAUAGGGUACCGGCGAUGAGUGACAAAGCUCAGAUGCCUUACACUUGCGCGUUCAUGCAGGAAGUUUUUAGAUACCGCACUCUGGUUCCCUUAAGCUUAUUUCAUGCAACAAAUGAUGAUGUAAGCUUGAAUGGAUACCGUAUCCCGAAAGGAACAACAGUAUUACCUAACCUAUGGGCGGUACACAACGAUCCUGAUGUGUGGGACGAACCAAGCAAGUUUAAACCUGAGCGCCAUCUCGAUGAGAAGGGAAACUUUGUUCAGUCUAAACACGUGAUACCUUUCUCGGUGGGUCCACGUCAGUGCUUGGGAGAACAACUAGCUCGAAUGGAAAUCUUCAUCUUCCUGGUUUCAAUGGUUCAGAAGUUUGAGUUUCUUCCGGAUCCGAACGAACCGAACCUUCCAGAAAUUGAAAAUGGGUCGUGUGGUACUGUGUUUGUUCCUUUCCGGUUUAAGCAAAUUGCAAAGAUGAAGUAAUUUAAUAAUUUAACCAAAAAAUGUUUAUAAGUGUUAAUUGUGUCUAAUUUUUGCAUACAUAUGUAAAUAAAUUAAUUGUAUAUAAUACAAUAA